GUCCAGCUCCGCGGCGCAGGGAUCUGUGCUGUGCUGAGGCUGAGCUGAAUGAGAUUGAAGAAGAGUUCUUCUUGUUUUGUAGCUUCAGUUUCUCUCUUUUUACACAAUUUCUACCAAAACUCGCCCCGAACCACGACCGCUGGACCUGGCCCCGCGGGGAGGAGGCGGCCGGGCUGUGUGUGCGCUGCUGCUCCGCCGUGGAUCGGCUUCUUACACACAUAUAUAUUUAAUUAAUCCAGAGGAGGACUGCUGCUGAGGCAGCACAGAGGGGUGGAGUCCAGUCCCACAGCCAGGUGCGGCACUUUAAUGCUUCAGUUGGAUGGUUUUCCUACUGGAGACGGUGUUCAGGCUGAUCGAUCGGCUGGCAGACUGACUGGAUCCAUGAUGGAAUUACAAACGUUACAGGAGGCCCUGAAGGUGGAGAUCCAGAUCCAUCAGAAACUGGUUGCUCAGAUGAAGCAGGACCCUCAGAACGCAGAUCUGAAGAAGCAGCUCCAUGAACUUCAAGCAAAGAUCACAGCGCUCAGUGAGAAGCAGAAAAAGGUGGUGGAGCAGCUGAGGAAGGAGCUGCUGGUGAAGCAGGAGCCAGAGGCCAAACUGCAGCUGCAGGUCCAAACUCCUCCAGCAGGAGGCGACAUCAAGCCGGCCAACCAGCUGCAGAGCCAGCAGCUACCUGGAGGGCUGCAGCAGCAGACGCUGACAGUGACGCCGGUCCUCACCACGAAGACGCUGGUGCUGAAAGCUGCCCCCGGCUCCGUCCUGCCGCAGCGCCCGCCCACUGUGGCUAUGGUAACCGCAGCUAUCACCAAACCCGACUCGCAGAACGCCCCCAUCAACCUGCAGGUGGCCAGCAAGCUCACCAAUCAGAGCUCGGAGCCCGUGCGGCUGGUGUCCAAGAACGCCAUGGUGGUCCGGCCAAAAUUGGCCACGCCUACCAACGUCCCCAUUGCCCCGGCCCCUCCGCCCAUGAUGGCGGCCCCCCAGUUGCUGCAGAGGCCCGUCAUGUUGGCCACCAAGCUGUCGUCCUCGCUGCCCUCGGCAGCGCCCAUCCACCAGGUCCGCAUCGUCAACGGCCAGCCCUGCAGCAAGACCGGGACCACCCCGCUGACGGGCAUCGUCAUCACCACGCCUGUCUCCGCUGCCCCCACCCGCCUCGCCAGCCCCGCACAGGUGCCGAACCCCACCCCUGUCCCCACUCAGACUCCGGUCCAGCCAAUCCAGAUCAGCAGCCUGACCACUGAGCCCAAGCAGACUGUUAAACCGGGAGGAGCAGAGCAGCAUGCCGUCAUCAGCCUCCCGUCCUCCUCCUCCUCCUCAACUCCUCCUGUGUCUCCACCUCCCAGGCCUCCCAAGAAAGAGGAGAACCCAGAGAAACUGGCCUUCAUGGUGUCUUUAGGCCUGGUAACACACGACCACUUGGAAGAAAUUCAGAGCAAAAGACAGGAGCGGAAGAGGCGAACGACGGCCAACCCGGUGUACAGCGGAGCUGUGUUUGAACCUGAGAGGAAAAAGAGUGCAGUGAGUUACCUGAACAGCCCUCUGCACCAGGGGACCAGGAAGAGAGGUCGUCCACCCAAAUACAGCAGCGUCCCGGACCUGGUCAGCCUCACCCCGACCUCCCCCUCCAGCCCCGUCCAUCCCCUCCCCCUGCCCAGCCCCAGCUCUGGGGAUGGAGACAUCCAUGAGGAUUUCUGCACUGUGUGCAGACGCAGUGGCCAGUUGCUCAUGUGCGACACGUGUUCUCGUGUUUAUCACCUGGACUGCCUGGAUCCACCCCUGAAAACCAUUCCUAAAGGCAUGUGGAUCUGUCCAAAAUGUCAAGAUCAGAUCCUGAAGAAAGAAGAAGCCAUUCCCUGGCCCGGCACCCUGGCUAUUGUUCAUUCCUACAUCGCUUACAAAGAAGCUAAAGAGGAGGAGAAACAGAAGCUGAUGAAGUGGAGCUCGGAGCUGAAACUGGAGCGCGAGCAGCUGGAACAGAGAGUCAAGCAGCUCAGCAACUCCAUAACAAAAUGCAUGGAGACCAAAAACACCAUCCUGGCUCGUCAGAAGGAGAUGCAGCUUUCCCUGGACAAAGUCAAACAUCUGAUUCGCCUCAUCCAAGCCUUCAACUUCAACCAAGCUCUGGCAGAGACAGAGGGCAAAGAUGUAAGAGUCCAUGAAAAGGCUGAGGGUGCAGUCAGCUCUGAAGCUGCACCGAAAGCUAACUCUGUAGAGAAGGUGAAGGGAGGGAGCUCCACAGCCAGCGUCAGCACUGAUGGGAGCAAACAGGAGGAGCACGGAGCCGCAGGGAGCAACCAGACAGGUGGAGAUGCCGCCGGCCAGCCUGACAGCACAGUCCUAACAGCAGAUAAUAGCCCCGCUGCAGGGGCGGGGGGAAAGGCGGGGCCGGGGGAAGGGGGUAACACAGGGACUGGUCCACAGGUGGAGGUCGUAGCCAAGCCUGAGACUGAGGCAGCUCCGGCGGCUAAUGUUCCCGCUUCCUCAGUGGUCGCGACCGUCGCCACCACCAACGGCACGGCUGAGCCGACCUGCCCCGAUCAUAGCCCCGGCGGAGGCUGCGCCGCCAACGCCGCCACCAACUCUGAGAACAAGAUGGCUGUCGUCAACCCUCCAGAGACAGUGGUAGAGAAGAAACAGGAGGAGAUCACUGGAAGUGAUGGCAGCAACACCAACAACAGCAAAACCUCAGAACCCUCCCAGCAUUCUUUGCCAGCUCUUGUCAGCAGUUUGGACAAUAAAAAGUAACGCUGCGUCUCUUCAUUCGGGGGAAUUCAAACAUAUAUAUUAAAAAAAAAAGACACUUGCUUGCACCGUAUGGUGCCCUGAAGUUGCCAAUCUGUAUAAAUGUUGUUUGUUUGCAUUGUAUUGUCAGACUGUGUCAAUGGUAGAUAUACAGCCCAAGUCACAUGACUCUGGGAAGAUGUAGGCUGUUCCACCCACUGAGCUGGGAUACGGGAAGGCGUACGCACCAGUGUCAUCAUGCCAAUUAGUGAUAGACGUCAUGGUGGGAAUGCUCAAAGGGAGAUUUAAUUCAUCAUCACACCAGUGUGUGCCUGUUACAGUGGCCCCUGUUCCCUUGUGAGGUGGGGAGAUGGUUCACAUGGGUACGAAGAUAGCCGAGAACAUGGAACCAAAUAUCUGUCAGGGGUUACUGGUCUAAAAAGCAGUGUUGUGAUAGUAUGCGUUCUGAAAAGAGAACCUGUUCAUCCCCUCGUCCCAACGAACUUAAUGUGAACGACCCUGAACCUUAACCAUCCAUCCCAACCUUCCCAAUCAACUCAUCCAUCUGAUCCUAAACCUCCCGAACUCCAGAUCUCCUCCCAAGUAAACCACCUUCAGUGAACAGAGACAGUAAACCCAUGCUUAUCGUCACCCUCACUGUGAGAUCCUAAAGGCUUCAGUUUGCUUCAAACAAUGGCGGUACCAACCACAGGCCCUACAGAUGCAAAGAACCCUAGAAAUUUGGAUCACUGGAGCAUAUUUAGAGUAUCUUCUUGAAUUGGCAGUCCUUGAAUUAUGACGAACCUUAUAGAGAAAAUAAUGUAUUGAAACAAGCCAACAACACUCGACCUCCCUUUCAUAUCCCAGCUGCCUAACUGAAAUACCUUAACCCAGGUACCCGACAGCUCCAAGCAGCGUAUCUGACUCUAAAUUCUGCCUGCUUACCGAGAUUUUUGGUAUCCAGGUAGAUCCAUCCAGAUCUAUUCCUAAGUUCGCCACAUCCAGAUAGAGCCGUAUAGUUUUUUUAGAUAAUGGAGAGAAAAGUAAGUUGGGCACCAUCAUCUGAUUUCUGAAAAUAAAACUUGUAAGCUGCAGCAUCUUGAAUUCUAAUGGGAUGCCCACGCUUUGAGGUGCCUGUUCCCACCUCCAAAUACCAUCAUUAUUGCUGGAUAAAGAAGACGGUUGUUGGUUUGAAGCAUGCUGAUGCCUUGAUGGUGACAAGUCUAACUUCCCCAUAACCAGAACUCGGGCUCACCUGCCCAGGUCUCAGAACAAUACGUGACAUUAUCAUUAAACCUUGAGGGCCUCAGUGUCGUUGGAAGAAAAAAUGAUAAUGGCGUAAAGGUUAUUUGAAGCACACUGACACCUUUUGGAAAGACUUCCCAAAUCUGAAUUUACCUUCCUAAGUUCGCCACGAUCUAUGAUCCCAACAGCCCUGAACAAUUCCUCUCUCCCGGUCACCUAGUAACCAAACAUUUCCCACCGACCAACGAUCCCAGUCAGCCCAUCCUCUCCCCAUCUCCUCCCACCUGAGCUCAGGCAGCAAAGACGCCGAGCGUCACGUUCAGCAGGUACAAAGGACGAGGUCGAACAGGCUCGGUAGCCUAACAGAUGUUUUCAGUGGUGUCGGUCAAGUGUAGUGAUUGAGUUUUCAUUUGUGAGUCAAGUGUGUCAACUGUGAGCACUAAAUGUGAAAUUGCAAUAUUGCAAUGUCAACACACACAAACUAUAUCUGGGCUGUGUUUCUUUUUUAUAGGAAAAGAUAUUCAGGUCUUCCUAGUCUUCUUCAGAAUAAGUGCUUUCUGUUCCUGAACCUGCUGGACUGGCAUUAUCAACCUCUUUUUGAAGUGGUGAUCUUUGCAUUGUGUGCAUUUCUGUUGAAUCCUGAACUGCCAAAAUGAUGAUGUAUCCAAAUUCAGCAGGGACAAGUCCACUUACUGUAUCGAAAGAUCAAAUCAUUGGCGUUGUAAGAUACAGAUGCUACCAUUUCAAAAAUUGGAAGUCCCCAGAUCGAGACAGGAGAGCUUACUAAACAAUAACAUUAAAGGAACUUUUUUCCUUGAAAUGGAGGGAUUUGUUGUAUGAACCUGCUCCUUCUGAUGGAUCUCAAAGGACGAUACCACAAAUCCUGAGAUUAAAGCACAAGCUUGCUGCAUUACAAAGAAGUGCUGAAGAGCUUUUUGUAUGUUAAUAUGGAAUUAAACAGAGUAUGCAUCUCUUUGUUGUGAUGUGACUUAUCCCCACAUUGCCAAUAUUUUUCUAGGAGGAAACGCAAACCUCUGUCUGACAUUAAGGCUCAAGUCUAGUCCAUACUUUUGGGAGGAGUGGCCUCAGAAACCCCUUCGUCCCCUCACAGUUAGACGCAUGCAUCUCUCUUCUUUCUGGAGCAUGUCUGGGCUGAAAUGUGACGCUGUUGUUUGUCGGCUUGAUGGCUGUCGGUUCAGGUCUGUCUUUGUCUGGUGAGCUGAUCAUAACCUUUGGCUUCUUGUUGGGUGCGGGGCAAUAACAAACUCUGGUUUGUUCAUUAACGGUGCCUCUGGUCGUGCUGGAAUUUCUGUUGUUCCUUUCUCUCUC